GAGAGAGACAGUUACGACUUCACAUACGUGUCUUUUGGGUUUGUGGUCUUUGUAAUGUAUUUUCAAUGUCUUAUACCUAAACAGUUUUACAUCAAACUGCGGCUUAAAUUUAAAUUUUUUCUUUUAAAUUCACAAACAUCAUAUGUGUAAUUCAAACGGGAUCACAAUAUUUGUUGUCCCUCGCCAUUUACUGCUGGAAAUAUUUUUCCCGAAAUAAGUGCGGUGUGUAGAUAGAAUUGGCUUGGUUCAAAGCUGUUAAAGGCAGUUCAUAACUGAAGCUGACGCUAGGACCCAGCAGAGAAGCAGCCUGACUCAAGCUCCCGACCAGCGGACCUGUAAAGUAGCGACUGUAUCUGUCAGCAGUGGCUUCACACGCCUGCACACCAUAGCUUCACUCACUCACUCACUCACUCACUCACACACUCACUCAUGGGCCUGCAAUAAACUUCAGCAGUUCUCACAGGGACAGCAUCACCAGCGGAAUGGACACAAAAGCCACCAAAUCGAUGGAUGUGUUGGUGAGUGAGCUGGGCGUCCUGCUGAAGAUGCUGGACCAGGAGAACCUCAGCUCUUCCACGCAGGAGAAGAAGACCUCCGUGUGGAACCUCCUGCAGCAGAUACAGCCAUCAGGAACGGACUAUAUCUACAUGAACUCAUCAGUGUACAGAAAUGGCACCAGCUUUGUAGAGUCCCUCUUUGAGACAUUUGACUGUGAGCUUGGGGACCUGAAGGAUGUCACAGAUGAUCUGAAAGAAGACAAGAACACACAAAAUGACACUCUAAAACAGGAGAACUGUGCAGACUCCCCUGCCCCGCACUCAGCUGACUCUCCACCCCCUCUGCCCACAACGCCUCCUCCUGAGGACUACUAUGAGGAGGCAGUGCCACUCAGUCCGGGCAUGAUGCCCGAAUAUAUCAUUACACGAGUCAGGCCUAGUCCCCCCAACUCUAUAGAGGAUGGGUAUGAAGAUGCUGAAAACAACUACCCAACUACCUGCAUAAACUCACGCCGCAAAAACUCAUACAACGACUCUGACGCUCUGAGCAGUUCCUACGAGUCCUACGAGGAGGAUGAAGAAGAGAGGAGCCCCAGCGUCCAACUCACUCAUCAGUGGCCCUCGGAUGAGAGCUCCAUGCCUCCUGCCAGGGACUGUCGCAUCUGUGCCUUCCUGCUACGCAAGAAGCGAUUCGGCCAGUGGGCGAAACAGCUCACUGUCAUACGGGAGAACAGACUACAGUGCUAUAAGAGUUCUAAGGACACAUGCCCCUAUGUUGACCUGCUGCUGCCCCAGUGCACUGCGGUCUAUGCACCCAAAGACAGCAAGAGGAAGCACCAUGAACUCCGGUUCACCUUACCCAAUGGAGAUACACUGGUGCUGGCUGUACAAAGCAAGGAGCAGGCCCACAGAUGGCUUAGAGUUGUUAGAGAGGUGAGCGGUCAGAGCGCAGGGCCUGAGGAAUCUGCGUCUCCCGUCCUUCCAAGAAAACCUGAAGUUGAUAAGAGGUUAUCUGCAGAGAGGAACACGUCAGAUUCAGACAGUGUGGGUGUGUCAACUGCAGAGAACUGCAGAGAGAACGGCAAGGUGAAACGGGGUGCUUUCGCUGCAGGCCGUAAAAUCACACGUAUCAUCAGCUUCUCCAAGAAGAAGCCCCCUCGGCCAGAAGAUCCCAGGACAUCCUACAGCGACCCUCGACAAGGCUACCUGUCGUUGUUGGUGAAUCAGGUGUGGCGGGAACAGUGGUGCUGUGUGUGCAGAGGCUCCCUUCACUUCUACCACGACAAAGGAGACCCUCGGACCUCCCUGCCUUCACUUCCUCUGCACGGCUGUGAGGUGGUCCCGGGGCUGGGACCAAAACAUCCCUUUGCCUUCCGAAUCCUACGGAACAGCACAGAGGUGGCAGCUCUGGAGGCUAGCAGCUCUGAGGAACUUGGAAGGUGGCUCGGAGUCCUCUUGGCAGAGACAGGCUCCGCGACAGAUCCAGAGUCACUGCAUUACGACUAUGUUGACGUGGAAACCAUCGCAAACAUCCGCGACGCUGCUCGGCAUUCCUUCCUGUGGGUCACGUCCUCCAGCAGUACCUCCACAGACUCCAGAACAUAUGAUGAGGUCCCCAAUGAGGACAUGCAGUCAGAGGAGAACCGCAGACAGCAGUCUGGGAAUCAGGGCAAGCGGCGCUCAAGUUUCUCCAGCAGCGACUCUGACAGAACCAAGCCUUUAGUCUCCCUAAAACGAACAGGUUCAAACGCCAACCAAUAUGGAAAGUAUGGGAAAACGCGAGCUGAAGAGGACGCCAAGCGUUACCUGAAAGAGAAAGAGGAGCUGGAAAGAGAGAGGGAUGGGGUACGAAAUGCACUAGUGACCCUCCGACAGGAGAAGAAAUUGCUGAAGGAAGAGCUGAAGACUGCCUCUGAGAGGAGGAAAUCCUCCCUGAACAAGCGUGUGUCCCAGCUGGAGGACGCCUGUCGAGGUAAAGAGGCGGAGAGGGUGGACUUGGAGCUCCGGCUGACUCAGGUCCAAGAAAACCUCAAGAAGAGCCUGGCUGGCGGAGCACUGGGUGCACCUGUUGAGACUAAACCCCCUGUUAAGGGCUCCAGCAAAAAGACACAGAAUAUCUACUGUGAGUCUUUACCAGUGAACUGUGCCUUAGAGAUGCGUAGGAGACCUCCAUCUGUUUAUGCUUCUUCUGCAGGAACUGUCAUGCAGAAGGCAAAGGAAUGGGAGUCAAAGAAAGGAACCUAAGAGCAGUGCCAUGGACAGGACUGGAGAUAGAAUGUAUGGAUGUCAGGAUCCGACUAUCGUGACAUUCAGUCCUACUAAGGAUAACCUUCCAUCUGCAACCCAAAGCACAGCCGUGCUUCAUUUUGGAUUAGAGGAAAUAAACUGUUAUGAAAGAACAUUGCCACUAGGUGGAGGUACAUCUCACUGAAUAUUUACUUUUCUGCCUUCCUAAAAGGACUACUCCAUAUGUGAGGAAUCCAACAACUGCUCACUCUCUGUAUCCAAGUAUUUUUUAUUGUCUUUGGUGACACAGAUUCAAAUGUGGUAAACGGAAAACAGAGAGAGCAGAGUUUAUGAAAGAAAAGACGCAAGAAAAAGUGUACUGGAAAGCACAACAAUGGAAAUAAUGGAAAGGCAACGCAGGAUUGCAUUCUCAUCCGGUGUUGCAUAUGGUGGAAUGUUUGAUUGCUAAGGUGUCAUGUGAGAAAUGGGAUGUGUUUGAAAAAUAGGAUGGAGGCAGUUCAAGCCGUGAUGUUACUUUUAUAAAAUAUAAUGGUGUUUUAUUCUGCCUGUACAGAGUGAGCCAUGACUACUGUUUUGUUCUGUUUUAUACUUUUAUACCGUUCAAUGAUUCAUUUCUCAUUAUCGCCACAAGACGUGCCUAAUUUACUUGCUAUGUGCCAUGGAGUGUAUUAUCAUUUAUUGACUGCACUUAUUAGCUUCUCCUCUGAGGUAGAAGUUGUGCUAUCUGGCAUCUGCUGAAUCAUUUGGUUGGAUCCUACAUCCACUUGACCCUCUUUGGCACGCAUGCAAAUAAAGUAGUUAACUAGUCCUGCUAGAGAGAACUGAAUGAGUGACAAGGUGGCGCUAUUCAGUGAUACAAACCAAUCUUUUUCUGAGUGGGGGAAAUCUCCACUAUAUGUCAUUUUAACAACUGUUCUGCUGAACCUGUGGUUGACUUUUGCACUUUACUGUUCUCCUACCUGGAUAAGGGAAUAAUAAAUGUGUGUCUUAUUCUCAAACAUUUAAUCAUUUGUUACAAUGCAGACACUGAAUUUAUUCCUCAUUAAAAUGAAUUCUCAGUAA